AUGCCUCCACGCCGACCGCACACUAAAUCCCGGCAAGGCUGCGCUGUCUGCAAGCGGCGCCGAAUCAAGUGUGACGAGAAUCGACCGACAUGUACACCGUGUACCAACUCUGCACGUGAAUGUGAAUACCCGGAACGGGAUAUCACAUUCAUGCCCUCUGCUAGCACAAGGAGGCGAAUAACGAAUUCCCCAGUGACUUCCUUGUCUUCUCAGGUCAGUCCUGGUUGCGAUCCCGAGAAUCUCCAGGGUCCAUCUGUGAACAUGCUUCAUAUUGAGUUGCUUCAUCAAUUAGCCACUGAAACCCUGAAAUCGCUACAUGAGAAUGUGAGCGACAUGGAUAUCUCUCUUUCAGAGAUGAUGAAGCACAGCUUAACAGCACCUUACUUGAUUAAUGAGCUGCUUGCUUUAGCUGCUCUACACCUCAGCACAAUUUGUGCUCAGCGUCGUGAUUUUUAUCGGCAUCAUGCCAUUCAAUUGCAGACCCAUGCUCUGAGAAUCUUUCAUGAAAUGAAUUCGGAAGUCAAUUCGGAAACCGUUGUCCCGCUUUUUCUCUUCACGUCGUUUCUUGGAUUACACAUGCUAUGUGACACUCUCAUCAAUCGAGGUGGAAAUUUCGAUGAGUUUCUCGACAAUUUUGUUCACUAUCUUCGUGUACAUCGCGGAUCCCGCACAGUAAUAGGUGCUCACUGGGAUUUAUUGGCUGAAACACCACUCUGGCCUAUCUUACAAGAUCAGACAUCCCGAUUGAACCAGCAAACUAGCUUGGACCUGGAUUGCAACCGGCUGUUCAAACUCAUACGAACGUCCGGCCUCGACCCUUCCACUUCCCACAACUACGAAGAGACCAUUGAGACAUUGCGACUGGCAAAAGCCCCUUCCAAAAAUGGGGCCACCUCCCUGGGUAUAUUCACUUGGCCGGUGGUUGUGCCCUCGGCAUACAUUGAUCUUUUGGCGGAACGCAAGCCAGAGGCCCUAGUAAUUCUUUCACAUUAUGCAAUUCUAUUGCAUUCUCGUCGAGAUACAUGGAUGUUCAGCGACGCUGGUCAGUUUAUGAUACAGUCUAUCAACCAGCAAUUAGGGCCCGAAUGGGCAGACUGGCUGACAGGUCCGAACUUUGCGUUGGCUAGCUGCUCAACAACAGGUGCUCCUCAUCAAGAGGAAAUGAUGGAGGAUCUUUCCAAUAGUUGUAAGCAUGUGUAA